AUGUUGGCAAUACUUGUAGCAGUGGCAGUAGUGCUUCUAUUUGGGUUUAUAUGGAAUAAAACACGCAGUAGAUUGACACACAUCCCAGGUCCUAGUGGGAUACCCAUAGCAGGAAAUGCCUUGGAAAUAACGAGCUGCUUCAAAUUGAUAAGCAAACUGCAUGAAUGGAUGGAGAAAUAUGGCGAGAUCUUCAAAAUUAAUAUUUUUGGAGAUGAGAUUUUAGUCGUGAGUGGAGCACUGAUUGGAGAAAUGUUGGUUACAAAAGGUAGCGAUUUUGCUGGUCGACCCAAAAUACCUACAUGGGAAAAAGUUUUCAAAAAUGAGGUUCACUUGGUGCUAAGGGAUUAUGAUCCUAAGUUACGUUUCAUUCGUAAGCUUGUACAUAAAGGACUCCGUCAGUAUGGAGAAGGGAUGGACAAAAUUGAAGCUAUCACCGUGACAGAAAUUGGUAAAUGUUUAGACAAGAUUGAUAAAUUAGAUGGAGCAGAUUUUGACCCGUUUACAUACAUUCACCAUUCUAUCAGCCAAGUGAUGAAUACCCUGGUAACAGGAGAGGCAGUGCCUGAUGGUCAUCCAAUGCUGAACAAAGCUAUUGACUGGGACAAACUCGAUGGAGAGAUUGGUCAAGAUCCGGCAUUUUUUCUGCCUGCAAUGGAAAAAAUGUCAUUUUUAUUUGGUGAGGGAAAAAUAAAGGAUUAUACUGACGUCAUGGAGUUUUUCAUUGAACACUGGAGAAGUUACGAGGCAACGUAUGAUAAAGAGAACAUGAGAGGACUCUAUGAUGUCAUAUACAAGGCAUAUCUUGAAUCUGAGACAGAUGAAGAGGGAGUCAAGAUAUCAUACAACAAUGUAAAGUAUCUCAUGUUUGAGCUAUACGGUGCAGGUAUCAUUACUACACACAAAGCAAUCUAUGCAUUUGUUCACAUGAUGGUAACACACCCUGGGAUACAGAAAAGAAUCCAAGCUCAAAUUGAUGAUGUUAUUGGUUCCCAGCGAAACCCAACUACAGCAGACAAGCGUAAGGUUCCUCUAUUAGAGGCAACCAUACAUGAAACGCUUAGAUACAUAUCACAUGUUCCGUUCGCGCUUCCUCAUGAAACGAAAAGAGAGACAAGCUUGGGAGGAUUUGCCAUACCGAACAAGACCCAGGUUUGGCCAUUUAUAUCUGGCAACCACUACAACCCUAAAUACUUCAAAGACCCGUUGAGCUUCAACCCUGACCGUUUCUUAGAGCAUGAUGGCUCAGUAUCACAUGCUAGCUCAAGGAGAAUGUUAACACCAUUUGGAGCAGGGCCGCGCAACUGCGUUGGGGAGGUAUUUGCCAGGACGAGGCUGUUUUUAUUCACUGCGAGCCUGUUACAACGAUUCAGACUUCUUCAACCAAAUGAAGGAAAGCUUGAUGUUCUUGAUCCGAAAAGGGAGGAUUAUUUCACAAAGCUUCCUAAUAUUUGCCCAAAUUUCAAAAUCAGAGCAAUCCACAGAUGA